AUGAAUGACGAAGAUAAUAGCACCAUCUAUGACACAGUCCAAAAAAAAGAGGUGUAUGAGGUUCCCCUAGGCUUGCCAGAAGAAAACGAAGUCCCUCUUUAUGAUAACAUCCGUGAAGACCUGAGGUCAGAAAAUGAGGUGUAUGCCACUGAACUGGAAAGCCACAAAUAUGACUCUGUGUCCGUCUAUGUUGCCGACGGUGAGAACAGCUUGACCUCUUCUCAGCCAGAAGCAGGAGACUACCUUCUGCCUGAUGACAUACAUCCUGAGUCCCAGGAUCUUCAACAGGGUGAGCCACCAGUCUCCAGUGAAGACUGGAAUAGCUCAAUGGAAAAAUUACACUCACCAGCCCAGGACCAAGAAGAAUUAUAUUUAGAACAAGAAGAAUUGCAUCCACCAGCCCAGGACCAAGAAGAAUUACCCUCACUAGCCCAAGACCAGGAAGAAUUGCCCUCACCAGCCCAGGACCCGGAACCCCAGGAGGAUGGAGGCGUGAUGGAGAAAGACCUGUCUUCUCCAACCUUCCCUAUCCAGCAGAGCAGGGCCUUCUUUCCCAGCAAGAGGUCCUCCACCCGCUAUUCUGCUGCUGAUGGUUUGGAAGAAGAUGAAUCAACGUCCACGGACCCUGAGAUUAGCCUCUUUGUUAAGGCUGGAAUUGACGGGGAAAGCAUUGGCAACUGUCCCUUCUCUCAGCGCCUCUUUAUGAUUCUCUGGCUGAAAGGAGUUGUGUUCAAUGUCACCACCGUGGAUCUGAAAAGAAAGCCAGCCGACCUGCACAACCUCGCCCCUGGCACCCAUCCGCCCUUCCUGACUUUCAACGGGGAUGUGAAGACUGACGUCAAUAAGAUCGAGGAAUUCCUGGAGGAGACCCUGACUCCUGAAAAGUACCCCAGACUGGCUGCGAAACACCGGGAAUCCAACACAGCAGGCAUCGACAUCUUCUCCAAGUUCUCUGCCUACAUCAAAAACACAAAGCAGCAAAACAAUGCUGCGCUUGAGAAAGGCCUGACCAAGGCCCUGAAGAAACUGGAUGACUACCUGAACAGCCCUCUUCCAGAGGAGAUCGACGCCAACACUUGCGGGGACGAAGACAAGAAGUCCCGGCGCAAAUUCCUCGACGGGGACGAGCUGACCCUAGCCGACUGCAAUCUGUUGCCCAAACUCCAUGUGGUCAAGAUUGUGGCCAAGAAGUACCGCAACUACGAUUUCCCGGCUGAGAUGACAGGCCUGUCGCGGUACCUCAAGAAUGCCUAUGCCCGCGAUGAGUUCACCAACACGUGCGCGGCAGACCAGGAGAUCGAGUCGGCCUACGCGGAUGUCGCCAAGCGCCUCAGCCGGUCCUGAGCUCGGCCGCCUUGCCCCGCCGCUGCCGCAGAAGGACUCCGCUUCUCCCAAAGGACUCCGGCCUCACCCACUCCUCUUCCGCGUCACCUCGGGACACACCUUUUUGUAGCCCGCCACAUCUUGCUGGCCUCAUGGAAUUCCAGCCUGCUGUCGCUUAGGAAGGUCAGCGCCAACCCCAUCUGAUCGUGCAGGAAUCUGCAAGCAAGAAUGUUAGAAAUAGUCAAGCUCUCAACCUUUGGGCCUGACCCGAGUUCAGUGUGUUUGGGGUCAGUGUGGGGACAGCCCGUGUGAGGGACUGUCACUGCCCCCCUCUGCCAAGAUCAGAGUCUCUCCUCAGCUGCAUUAGGAAACCGCGACACUGUGUCCCCCUCCGCCUUGCUCUUCGUUGGUAGCUCCACCGCCAAGGACAGACGCCAUCAUCGUUCUUACUAGAAAGAGAUCCCCGCGUUUGGGGGAGAUGGAGAGAGUGGGGGACAGGCAGGCUAUGGGUUUGGCAUGUGGCAGACACACCUUCAGUCCCUCACGGCGUCCUGACGCCUGCUGUCACACUGGGCACCGAGGACCAGGUUGGAAAACCACUUCAGAUGUAGUCCCAGUCUGCGGCAUCGCAGUGCCCUCGGGUAUCUGGCUGACACCAGCCUCUGUUUUUACACCGUCCAGGCCUUUUGAGGAAGGGAAAUUGGCAAGCAGUUGCAAACAGGAGUGACUGGGAAGGGCUGGAUGAGCAGCAUCAAUGCCAAAAGGCCACGGGGUCUGCCAGCCACGGAUUUUGCUUGCUAGGGGUAGCUGUUUUGGUGGAGAUUACGUUUGACCCGUGAGUGAAUUUUGGUCUUCGAGACAGCAGGGGGGAGGUGGGGGGAUGGGUGAAGAUAAAGAAAUUCUUUAUCCCUGGCGAUCUUUCAGACAGGUCUUCUCUCUUAUGAUCCCCCUAAGUCUUGAACUGCCGAUGUUAUAUAUCACUACCAACCUUAGAGCAAAAAAAUCCCGUAAGAAUUGGCCAAACAGGACUUUCCAGUCUCUUCAAGUCAGUCCCGGAGGCGGGUCUUGGGUCUGCUAGCUGGGGCGCUCCUGGCUGAGCCAGCCGCGGCCCCUGACCCAUGACAGGUACAUUUGGGAUGUGGCCUGACCAUGGAACACCUUAGGAAGAAAGGCCAUGGGCCUUUCUGACUGGGAAACCAUGUGGUGUGACCUUGAAGAAAAACAUGUGCCCCAUCUGGGCUACUUUUCCCGCCAUCUGACUCACCUACCAGAUGAAAAAGGAAAUGUUUUAGCUGGUAUUUCAGUCCUCCGUCUUUCUCCUCGCGUUUCACCUCCUUCGAAGCUCACCUGGUUGGAGCCUGGGGGCCUGGGCAGGGGAAACUAAGGAAAAUGGGCUAAUCAUCAUGCCCCUGGCCCUAUGAGAAAAGCCACCUCUCACAAGAUAAGGCUCCCAAGUGCCAGAGAGCCCCGGGGCCUGGCUUGUUGCUCCAGAAGGGCGUCAGGACAGCACGGGCCUUCCUUUCCAGGGAGGUAUCCAUGACCCGGCAAGCCCCAGACCCACCUGCCUCCAGGGAGUUCUGAAGAACAAAGGUGGCCCGCAGAUCCGAGCUCUGGCCAGGAAGCGGGGGCCCCCUUAGCCCACUGAAAGAGAGGACAUUUCUCAGUAGGACAUUUUUAUUAGCCUGAGCGCUUUGCAAGGGCAGAAGAGUUGAUUCAUUUCCACCCCUAAAGGAACCUUCCCUGGGACUCCCUGGGAACUUAGUCCCUAGACAUGUUUAAAAAAGAGAAUGGUGAGGAAAUGGCCCUUUUUACUAUACAGAAAAGCCCCAGACGGGUCUCUUGGGAGAUGAAGUCUUAAAAUGAUCCCAGGAGACAUUUAAUUAGCAUAAAUCCUGUUGUCCUCAGAAAGCCCUCCCUGAGGUUAGCAACAGAGGCGUGAUGACCUGAGAGGCAGUUGGCUUUCCAGAGACCCACAGUGGUGCUGUUCUAGAAGCAGGUCGGUGUUAGCGCGGCUAGCGCGACAGAGAAAACAGGCCACCCGGCUGGGACAGCUCCCCACGCGAGUUCUCCGAUGCUAAUGACUGGUCUGAUAGUCAGAAUCCAGCCAUUGGUGAGUCUUUAAAAUCAAACAAGCCAAACCAAAUCAGCAUUGUUGUUUCUAGAUGUUCCUUCUGUGGUUGACUUAGUUUUACAUAAAUAUUAAGGCACAAGGGCGGGGGCAGUUACACGAUCACUUACAAGCAUUUAAAACAGGGGACAGAGUUAUAGAUGGAAAGCACUUCUGAGUACUUGAUUCAGGAAUAUCUUUUUAUUUCAACAGUCAAUUACUAUAUAAUGUAACACUAUUGACUGAGAGUUUUAAUGUCUUAGGACCAGAUUUAUUGGAAUAUUUUUAAGUAACAAUUAAUAUUAUCUUCUGAUUAUUUUUUUCCAAAGGAGAUUUGUCUCCAGAUUCUUCAGCCCUCCUGAGCUUUGGCUAUAACCUUGUUAGAUACACAGCAAAUCAUCUUCCAGCGUCAGUAUGGUAAGGUCCUUAGGUGUCUCCAAACCCAACUCUGGAAGUAGUUUGGACUACUACUACCAAGGUUUGCAGAUUAGACUCCAGAGUUUUAAGACAGGAGGUCACCCUUGUCAUCGGUCUUGAAUGAAUAUUGAUCCUUCAGAAAGCAUUUCAGUGGCGUUUGAAAAGGUUUGGGAUGAGAUCUUAUUCUGUUUUAGAUUUAUUUUCCUCCUUCGAUUUUCAUGUCACUAUUUUAUUUGAUUGUUAAAGGAUAGCAUGGUGGGAGGCAGAGACAGAAAGGAGAAUUCCCAACUCAGAGUAACUGGGUAGAAUUUACCCAUCUAUCAGGUGGGGCUGCAUCUCAGGAUGGCCCAGAGAGAAAGUAUUGGAAAAGAUUUUAAUAACCUUAUAAGAGGAGUUGGAUAAUGAAAAGCUUGAUUGUUCUAGAGCGUGGUUCCUUCUACUGUGUGUCUUAAUCUCCUGAUAAGGGAACUCAAAGGCCUGGACAGUUCAGAAUCACCGGUUGUGAAAAGUGAAAAACACUUUUAUUUGGUCAUAACAAUCUGAGAUUGGUUUCAGCUUCCUGGCAAAUGCCACUGUUUGGUGUUCACAUCUUCUGCUGGUGGGGCCAGCAAGGAUGUCGGUCUUUUCAUUAGAAAAAGGCUUCACCAAGAGUGAAGUUCCCUGAGCUGUACAUGCGAGAAUUUAUCAAAUGAAACAACGGAAGCUUUUCACGACCCCUGUGCCCACUGGCCACUCUGCAGAUAGACACCACCAGCGUCUUCAAAUUGUUGCAAAAUAGAUCAAGCCUGGAACAGACCCUGAAGAUCUAAGAAUCCCAGGAGGCCUAGACAAAUAGAAUUAAAAAGAGGGACAGAGUCAGGAGGGUAUGGGUCUACAUAGUUAUUCAUAGAGACAAACCGCCGAAGUCUGUGUCUAAAAAUCAAUUGGUCUAGAGGCAAGAGGCAUCCAGUAGGUAUAUCUGACUCACCACUACUACCAGAGGCUAGGAGCCAUUUUGAUAGAGUGAAUCAAGGUGUGGUGUCUCUCUCCUUGGAAAGUGACAUAGUAUUAAGUCAUUAUUGAAACUAAGUUCAUUGAUUCCCAAGGGAUCACUUCCUUCAUUUUUGACAAUGCCAUUGAAAAGAAUUGUAAGCAUUAGAGAAAGAAGUAUGCAUGUGGAGCAUCCUAAAUCCCAACAUUUUUGGGCUUGGAGCCCUUUCUGCACACAAAACCGUUGUCUUCUAUCCAGUGCUUUUUAGCAGCAAACCAAGGAACACGUGCCCCCUUGAUGAAUGCAUAUUCCUCUACCUUUGCCAAUAUUCUUCUUCCAGCUUAGUUUCAGCAUUAGGUAUGAUCCAAAUAAAAGUGUGCAUAAUUUUAUUUCAGGUCACUUGAAGAAUUAGAUCCAAUGUUCCCCUUACCAAACAAAAAUAAAAUGAAAGGUUGCCUCAUGAUAGGGUUUGGGCUAAUCUGUGUUUCGAUAACAGCAACCUGAUUUUUUUUCAAACAUAGUUUUAAGGAUCCAAUUGUCUAAGAUAUUUUAUGUAUAGUUAGAGUUUUCGUAAUCUUGAUUACGCCUAUACUUAAAAUAUACGAUAUCCAGCUGAUGUUUAAAUUUGUCUUCCCUUCCUGAUUUCCUGUUUUUCCCAUUGGAAAAGCCAGGGUUUAACUAAUUUAGCAAAGGAUGCCUGGCUUUUAUAGAAGAACAAACAUCUCAUUUUAGAAAGACACUCCAAAUCAUGGUCACUUGCUUUUCUCAAGACCUUGAACUGUGGUGAUAAAAUAGCAGGACAUGCUUUCAAGCCUUAAUAAAUAUAAGUUGCCUUUUAAUGAAGAUCUUGCUGAAUGUUUUCUUCAUGAAUCUGAAGCUGUUAUAAAGUUGGUUUCCAGUUUUGAUUGGUAUUGACUGAUUCAAAUAAAGUUGGUUUAUUUUCAAAUA